AUGGCGGGAGCGCCACUGCUUUGCUUCUCCAGCAAACCCAGAUGACCAAAACAGACCAUGAAACUUGUUUCCACCUUACGUACACACUUCCCUCUUACCAAAAAGCCUUACCUUCCAUGGCGGACUCUCACCUAUGCAACCCACCAACAGCCCUUAGAAUCUCCGGAGCUCGCUCUGGCUCAGACCAUAGCUUCUAUGCACUCCAUUUCUUCAAACCCCUGUUUUGCUCUUCUGGGUUUCUGCAGAAACAUCGAUUCUCUCAAGAUAAUCCACGGCAUGCUCAUCGUAAACGGCCUCACCGGUGAACUUCUGUACGAUACGAAGUUGGUUAGCUUGUAUGGUUCGUUUGGGCACGUUGAGCAUGCCCGCUUGGUUUUUGAUAGGAUAGAAAACCCGGAUUUUUAUGCAUGGAAGGUGAUGAUCAGGUGGUACUAUCUGAAUGAUUUGUAUUCGGAGAUUAUUCGGUUCUAUACCCGUAAGAGAAUAUGCGGUAGAGAGUGCGACAAUGCUGUAUUUUCAUUUGUGUUGAAGGCGUGUUGUGAACUGCGCGAUAUUGAUGAUGGGAGGAAGGUGCAUUGCCAGAUUGUUAAGGCGGGGGGCCCCGAUAGUUUUGUGUUGACGAGUCUUGUUAACAUGUAUGCGAAAUGCAGAGACAUUGGGAGUUCUCGUGAGGUGUUCGAUGAAAUUCUUGAUAGAAAUGUGGUUUCAUGGACAUCAAUGAUUGCGGGGUAUAUGCAGAAUGACUGUCCCAUAGAAGGGUUGGCUUUGUUUAACAGAAUGAGAGAAGGGUUAGUUGAAGAUAACGAGUUUACUGUAGGGAGCUUAGUCACUGCGUGUGCAAAUUUACGAGCUUUACAUCAGGGGAAGUGGCUUCAUGGGUAUCUGAUUAAGAAGGGUUUUGAAUUUAAUCCGUUCUUGGUGACAGCACUUCUAGACAUGUAUGUUAAGUGUGGGGAUGUUAGAGAUGCCCGUUCUGUCUUUGAUGAGUUUUCUCCUACUGAUCUUGUCUCAUGGACAGCAAUGAUUGCGGGAUACGCACAGAAUGACCAUCCCAAUGAGGCAUUAAAGUUGUUUAUGGAUAAGAAAUGGGUUGAUAUAUUGCCAAAUUCCGCUACGACUACUAGUGUGCUUUCGGCAUGCUCAAAGUUAGGCAACUCGGAUAUGGGACGGUCAGUUCAUGGUCUGGUGAUUAAGCUUGGGUUAGGAGAACCUACGGUGAGCAAUGCUCUUAUAGAUAUGUAUGCAAAAUGUCAUAUGAUCAGAGAUGCUAGUUAUAUAUUUGAAACAGUUUUAGACAAGAAUGAGAUUACUUGGAAUUCAAUUAUAUCUGGCCAUUCACUAAUUGGUAAUGCAUAUGAAGCUCUUGAACUCUUUAAUCGAAUGAUAUCAGAUUCUGUCUCACCUGAUGCAUUCACACUUGUUCGUGUUCUCUCAACUUGUGCUUCCCUUGGUGCUCUUCGAGUCGGUUCUUCACUCCAUGCUCUCUCUAUGAAGAAGGGCCUACUAUCAUCCAGUGUCUAUGUUGGCACUGCACUUCUUAACUUGUAUGCCAAAUGUGGGGAUGUGAAGUCUGCUCGUAUAGUUUUUGAUGGGAUGGGAGAGAAGAACACUAUCACGUGGAGUGCAAUUAUUGGUGGUUAUGGAAUGCAGGGAGAUGGUAAUGGGUCACUUGCACUUUUCAGUGAGAUGUUGAAAGAAAAAUUGGAGCCCAAUGAAGUAAUUUUCACUACCAUAUUAUCAGCAUGUAGCCAUACAGGGAAGAUUGGGGAGGGGUGGAGGUGUUUCAAUUUGAUGUGCCAGGACUUUAACUUCGUCCCUUCAAUGAAGCAUUAUGCGUGUAUGGUAGAUCUAUUAUCUCGUGCUGGCAGACUUGAAGAAGCCUUGGACUUCAUUGAGAAUAUGCCUGUACAGCCAGAUGUUAGUUUGAUUGGAUCUUUUCUCCAUGGAUGUGGACUCCAUGCAAGGCUUGAUCUUGGAGAAGUGGCAAUCCGGAAAAUGCUGCAGUUACAUCCUAAUGAAGCUAGUUACUAUGUACUCAUGUGUAACUUGUAUGCUUCAGAUGGAAGGUGGAGCCAGGUUAAUCAGGUGAGGGAGCUGAUGAAGCAAAGAGGAUUGAGCAAGUCCCCUGGGUGUAGCCUAGUGGAGAUGGAUAUUAUUGAUGAUAUCUCACCUGCCAAAGUGGCAUCUCUUCCGUAGUUAUAAGUUUAUUGUGGUGGGGGUUGAGGAAAAGGCCUAUGAAUGAGUAAAUUGUAUAUUUUCAUCUUAAAUUAUAGGAUUAUUGGCAAUUUAAAGCUUAUACAUUUUUUGGUAGGGAAGAUGGAAAAUGUAUAAAUAUGCUAUUUAUUGAGUAGUGAU